UGCAACACCCUAAAUCCUAGAGCCACCAAACAUUAUACAGUUAUUAUUCCGAUUAGGUACCUACAUAGUAUACAAAAUUAUUUUAAAUUUCAUUUUUCAGGUGACAAUGGGCCCGUUUCGAUCAAUCUCGUCAAUCGGAACAGCCAUUCGCACAACAAAAUCCACCUGUCCAAGAAUGGGAGCAUCCUGCGGGGAGUCAAUCAUUUCGAGGUGAAGGAUGCUACCUCGGGACGGCAAGUUUUCUCGACCGCCCGACCAACCUAUAACAUGCCCUCGGGGGUCAACAUUUUGCACACCAGUCUGGCCAAUGUGGCCCGGAUCGCUUCCCCAAUAAAUGAUACGCUCAAGUUUCAAACGAGGAAUAAGUUUACCUUGAAAGGCACCGAAGGAACGCAACUGGAAGCGAAGGAAAUCAUUUGGUCAGCCGAUCAGAACCUGUUCCUUAAGUCAGACAACGGAAGCAUCGUUUUGAUGGGAGGAAAUGGGAUUUUUAUCAAUUUGAAUAAUAUCCCUAUCGCUCAGAGCGAGCAUGGACUGCGGGCUGGAAGCAAUCAGUACAAACUGUGCGUUUGCUAUCCGCAGGGGCGAAUCUUCCGGUUGCCGAUCCCUAAAACGCACAAUGUACGAGUAAGCUGCGCACAUUUCAACAGCUGGAAUGAUCCUUGCGCCUGAAUUCGAAGGUGUUCAGUCUAAUUGAAUGUUGCCAUAUCUAUUAAUCAAUAAGUGCACAAUCUAGAUCUAGAGUUUAAUGAUAAUACACGUUAGUUAAAUAGUAUAAUCGAAUACGAAUAAACUCAUAGUAAUCAUUAAAUGUU